AAACUAUAGAAAAGGUUGUAUAAGAUUCAAAAUAACGUUUAAGCGAAACCAGAUAUAUUCGUAAAAACUCAGCAUCGAAUACACUAAUUUUGUACUUGUCCACAACUUAUAAAUCGGAACCAUCCACUGCAAAAUUAAUAUCUCACAACCAAUAAGAAAAUUACCGUUGUUUCAUUCAGUUUCUUCCUCAUAAUGUCUGGCUAUCCCCAUCAACCACCCAGUUACGGCUACGGCGCGCCACAGCAACCAUACGGCGCCUCUCCAUCGCCACCGCAACCUUACGGCGCCGCUCCACCUUACGGUGCGCAACCACCAACUCAGCCUUACGGCGGUCCAUCAGCUCCUUACGGGGCUCCCUACGCACACCCUCCAGGCGACAAGCCCCCAAAGGACAAGCCUCACUCCUCUGCUCCGGGCAGCUACCCACCGUCGGCUGCUUAUGGUAGCCCAUUCGCCUCCCUAAUGCCCUCGGCUUUCCCUCCAGGCACGGAUCCCAACGUCGUCGCGUGCUUUCAACUCGCCGAUCAAGACGGUAGCGGAUUUAUCGACGAUAAGGAGUUGCAGAGAGCUCUAUCGACUUAUAAUCAGAGCUUCAGUUUGAGGACCGUUCAUCUUCUCAUGUACCACUUCACCAACACCAACACAAGAAAGAUCGGUAAGAUUUCAAAUUUUUUCCCCUUUCAUUUCCAGUUUCCCUUUCCAUUUCAUUUUGGAGCGCGCAAUUUAGCAUAAAAUUGUUACUAGUUUCUAAUUUGUGCCGAGUGUUGAGGAUAGACUAGAGUAACCAGUAUGGCGUCGGACCGUCGGUUGCUUAAUUACGCUUGAAUUGAUGUGGCUUUUGGAUUCAUCCGAGCAUAAUACACGUGGAAGCGCCUUAUAAAUCUCUGAUUUUUUUUUUUUUUUAUAAUUUAAACAUUAAGUUCUUUAGUUAGGUCACUAACUCUGGGCCCACUUUGUUCGUAUUUAUUUUUGACGCG